GCAGCGGCCUGAUGGGGAACGCACCCGCCUCCUCCUUCAUGGGGGGCUUCCUGAGCAGCAGCCUGGGCUCGGGGGCCCCCAGCCACCCCGCCGGCCCCACCGCCUCCCCCCCGGAGCCCACUUUCCGUGGGCCCCACUCCGGCACCUCCCAGAUCUGGUUCUCGCACUCCCACGAAGCCCCGGGGUACCCCCGCUUCUCCGGGAGCCUGGCCUCCACCUUCCUGCCCAUGAGCCACCUGGACCACCACGGCAACAGCAACGUCCUCUACGGCCAGCACCGCUUCUACGAGAGCCAGAAAGAUAACUUCUACCUGCGCAACCUGCCCGCCCAGCCCGCCCUGCUCCCCACCGGCCACGGCUUCCCUGGCAUCACCCGCGCCGCCCCCGGGCCCCCCGCCGGCUCCUGCAGCCGGGAGCGGGAGGGGGGACCCCUGCCCAAGACCCCCAAGGACUACGACCGCUUCCUGGCGGGCAAGGAGAAAGCGGGCAAGGGGGACCCCAAGGAGCGACCACCCGAAGAGGACCCCAAGGAGCGGCACAAGGCGGUGCUGCCGGUGCCACCGGAGGGGCACUGCAAGGAAGGGCUGCCCCCCCGGGGGUCCGGCGACGGCCGCCCCAAGCACCUCCCCUCCUGCCUGCUGGGUGCCAAGGGGCUGGAUGGCGACGGUGGCCGCGCCGUGUUGCCCAGCUGUGCCGGCAGCGCCAUGCCCCGCGCCGCCCGCUGCGGUGCCAAGGAGCCCUGCCGGGGCGAGCGGGAGCCGACGGCCCCCGAGGUGCCCCCCCAGCCUUACGGCGAGUGCGUGGAGCGACGGCAGAUGCUGCACCACGCCGUUUCCUACGCCGUGCCCGCCGCCCCGGCCCCCCUCGGCCCCGCCGCCGGCUCCUUCCCCUGCCUGCAGCUCCACGCCGGCCCCGAGGUGCUGUGCCCGCUGCCGGAGCCGGCCGGCCGGGAGCUGAAGCUGAGCGGGGCCACGCUGGUGCCCUCGGUGGGUCACCUCACGGACAAGAGCCGCUCCUUCCAGGUGACGGCGGAGGCCGGGGGGCUGGAGCGUGCCGACGGCAAGGAGCGGCACGCCGAGGCGGGGGCCGAGCCCCCCGCCGCCUACGGUGGCCCCUUCCACCACCCGCUGAAGGCAGAGGGGCCGGCGGAGCGGCGGAUGGAGUGGGGGGGUCCCAGUGCCCGGCUGAAGGGGCUGGAGUACCUGGGUGGUGGUGGUGGGGGGGCAGCUGAAGGUCCCCCCUACCCGGGUCGGGGACCGGCACCCAAGGGUGCUCUGGAGAAGGGCUACUUUGAGGUGCCGCCGGCGCCCGACUGCUCCCGCGCCGCCCGCCCCGACCCGCUGGGCGUCCGGGUCGGUCCCUCCUGCUGCACUUUAGAGAAGGGCCCCCCCAAGGAAAACCCCCCCGGGCCGGCUCCCCAGAAAGUGGCACGGAUCCGGCACCAGCAGCACCCCGAGGCGGAGGCGGCCGGCGGCGAGGGCAAGCGUAAACCCUUGGAGCUGAGCGCCCUGGGCUACGGCGGACCCCCCCUGCCCCCCUGGGGCGUGCAGGGCCAGGGACCCCCCCUGGCCGUGGCGGAGGAGAGGAAGGGGCCCUACCUGGACCCCUUCGGCACGAGUCUGCAGCAGGCUGCGUUGAUGACUCAGGGCUCGGUGCUGGGCCAGGAGGUGCCGGCCGCCCCGGACGAGGUCUCGGCCAUGAAGAACCUGCUGAAAUACAGCAACCAGGCGCUGCUGGGGGGGCAGAAGGGCCCCCCCUUCGUAGGGUUGGGGGGCGUCAAGGGCAGCUGCGCUCACCAAGAAGCCAAGUUCCCCCCUGGAAAAGGGCAGGGGGAACUGGAACGGCCGGAUUGCGCCCGCGGCCGGGAGCACGACGGGAUGGGCAGCGGCGAGGGCGAGGUGCGGCAACCCCCCGUUGGCAUCGCGGUGGCCGUGGCGCGGCAGAAGGACACGCUGGGACGGCCCGAGCCCUCCUACGGCGGCGGUGGCUCCGGGCGGCAGGGUCGGGCGGCCGCCGGCAUCAAAGGUAGGACCCAGGGAAGGGGGGUCGAGAGGCUGGGGGGGGGUCUGAAGCGGAAGCCGGAGGAGCAGCCCCUGGAGCUGGAGGAGGGGGGUCCCGAGAAGCCCCUCAAACCCUCCCACAAAGCAGUUGCCUUAAACCCCCCGGCCAAGGGCUUGUCCUCGGCGGCCCCCGGGCCCCCCAAGCUGUCCCCUUGCUGCCACUCUCCGGCCCUGCGGCACCCGGCCAAGUGCCCCGUGGCUCUCCCCGCGGCCCCCUGCACUUUACCCGUCUGCCCCGCCGCCAGCUCCGCCGUGGCCCCCCGCUCCCCGGCCGACAGCCCCCUGCCCGUCCAGAGCAAGGGCAGCGAGGGCGAGGACAAGCGCGGAGAGGGACAGCCACCCCGCGACUACCCCAAGUCCCUGGAGCCAGACCUGCCCCCCGGGUACAGCUACCCCGCCGCCGGCAUGGGCUUCUCCGAGGCGCACUCCGCCGAGCCGGCCGACCCCGACACUAUGCACCCCAGCUCCCCCCCCGCCGAGCCCGAGCAGUCCCGGACCUUCAGCCCCGCCGCGGAGGUGCUGCGGGAUCCGGCCCCCCCGCGGGAGCCGCCGGCGGGGGGGACGAUAAGCGAGGGUCCCGGGGUGUUGCUGCACCGUCACCACCUCCUCCUCACCCCGGGACCCCUCUGUGGGGAGCGGGGACCGGCCCCGGUUUCGGGGACCACCGAGGACCGGGCACCGGUGGCCUUCGGGGUGUGCCGGGAGGCGGCUCAGGGAGCGCCGGAGCAGAGCCCACCGGAGCAGCAGCACCCGGUGCCCGUGGCGGGGGCCUCCCCGCUGCCCCCGGCCACCGAGGAGGAGGAGGAGGAGGAGGAGGAGGAAGAAGAAGAGGAGGAGGAAGAAGAGGAGGAGGAGGAAGAGGAGGAAGGCGACAGCGAAGGCUCAGAGCUGGAAGGCAGCUGCGAGGAGGAGGAGGAGGGCGAUGGCCCCGGCGGGCAGCAGGGCUGCCUGGGGGGGCUGGAGGCGCUGAUCGCCGCCGGCAUCGACCUGGGGGAGCUGCCAGCGCUGGAGUCUCCCGGGGAGCCCCCCCCGGCCCCCCCUUCACCCGCCCCCCACGCCUCAGGGAUCCCCGGCAUCGCCCUGCUCAGCGAGCUGGCCGACCUGGAGCUGCGCCGGCGACGCUGCGACCUGGCCCUGGCAGGGAUCCCCGGCAUCGCCCUGCUCAGCGAGCUGGCCGACCUGGAGCUGCGCCGGCAACGCUGCGACCUGGCCCUGGAAGGCUGCACGCCUGUGGGCAGUGCCAAGGAUGUUUGUCCCCUGAAGGCGGCCAUCGAGCAGCUCAACACGCAGGAGGUGGAGGUGCGGAUGCGACUGGCCGAGCUCCAGCGCCGCUGCAGGAUCUGGACCAGGAUGGAGGAUCUGGACAAGGAUGAUCUGGGCCGGGGGUUCAAGAUCCAUCCCGGGGGGGUUCAGGGUCCAUCCUGGGGGUCGGGUGGGUGCCAUGCCCACGCCGUGCUCCCCACCAGGUCGGUGAAGACCAGCCUGUCCCUGCUGUGUGCCGAGCUGCGGGGGGACCCCGAGCCCAAGAAGAAGAGGAGCAAACUGGCCGAGGCGGCGUUCGGCAGCCUCAAGGGCUCCCCGGAGAAGGUGCGGUGCAAGAAGAGCGGGUCGCAGGGCAAGCUGGCCUGCAAGGUGGCUCACAAGGUGUCGCAGCUGAAGCAGAAGGUGAAGAGCAAAGGGCUGCCCGCCGGCAUCAGCCCCUUCCGCCGGAAAGACCCCAACCCCGGCGGCCGCAUCCAGAAGAAACUGUCCCGUCCCAAGAGCUCCAAGGCCACCAAGUACCAACCGCAGGACCCCGACCCCCGUCAGUCGGCGGGGUUCAAAGGCAAGGUUUGUCCCCUGAAGGCGGCCAUCGAGCAGCUCAACACGCAGGAGGUGGAGGUGCGGAUGCGACUGGCCGAGCUCCAGCGCCGCUACAAGGAGAAGCAGCGGGAGCUGGUGAAGCUGCAGCGGCGGCAUGACCACGAGUAUGUCCCUGUCCCCACCCCCGAGGCUGGGCGUGACGAGAGCUCCCGGAGCCCGGCGCGGCGCGGCCCGGGGCGGCCGAGGAAGCGCAAGCACUCCAGCACGCUGGGCAGGGCCGAGAGCCGCAAGGUCAAGAGCGAGGGGGCUCGUCUGGCCAGCGAGAGGCUGAAAAAGGCCACGCGCAAGAGCAAGGUGCUGCAGUCGGCCCUGAGGCGGAAGAACGGGGCGCUCUCGCUGGCCCUCUCCCCCCGGAGCGCCAAGACCAUCCUGAGCAAGGGCAAGAAGCUGGCCAAGGUGAAGAGCAAAGUGGCCACCAAGCAGUGCAAGGGCCGGGCAGUCAGCAAACUGCUGGAGAGCUUCACCGUGGAGGACGGCUCUUCCAGCGACGAGGAGGAGGAUGACCCCGAGGCGGUGAUGGUGGAGUUUGAUGACGGGGACACGGGGCACAUCGCCGUCUCCAACAUCCGCCUCCUGCCCCCCGACUUCAAGAUCCAGUGCACCGAGCCGUCCCCCGCGCUGCUGGUCUCCAGCUCCUGCCGGCGAACAAAGCGGUCCUGCAGCGACGUGCCCCCUCCCAGCGAGCUGCCCCCCAGCCUCUGCCCCGACCGCCACGACGGCCCCGAGCCCCCCAAGAACUCGGGCAAGAAAGCGGCCAGCAAGGAGAAAAGUGGCAAAGCUGGGGAGGUGCUGUCGGGCGGCAAAGCGCCGGUGCUGAGUGACCCCUUCCUGGGCCGGCGCGGGGGUCCCCUGCUGAGCUGGUCGGCGGUGGCCCAGACGAAGCGGAAGGCGGCCAGCAAGGGCACGGCCGUCCUGCAGAACCUCUUCCAGGUCAACGGCAGCGCCAAGAAGCUGCGGGCCGCCAAAGAGGCCAUCUUCCCCGUCCACCACCACCACCACCACCACCACCUCGCCGCCCCCGUCUUCGGCAACGGUUUCGGGGCCGACUCCUUCAGCCGCAUCGCCAGCUCUUACGCCUCCUUCGGGGCCGGGGCCGGGCUGGUGCUACCGGCUGCCCAGAAACUCCUACGCUCCAAAAAAGCGGAGCGGCUGGAGGCAGAGCUGGGCAAAAGCGGGCGGCGGAAGGCGGGCAGCGAGUACCUGGUCAAGCUGGACCACGAAGGGGUGACGUCCCCCAAGAACAAGAACUGCAAAGCCCUGCUGCUGGCGGAGAAGGACUUUGGGGCCAAGCUGGAGCGGCCGCUUGCCAGCCACGGUUAUGCCCACGCGGCGCUGGCUGGCAAGGAUAGGAAGGGACGGGCGCCCGUGCACCAGCUGCCCGUGGGGCUGGCGCUGCGGAAAUACUCGGGCCAGGCCGAGUUCACCCUGAACUGCGACAGCGACUGCCACAGCUCCUACUCGGACAUGGAUGAGGACGAGGAGGCGGGCGGGCUGGGGGCCGACGUGCCCUCCCGCUUUAUGACCCGUCUCUCGGUUUCCUCCUCUUCCUCGGGCUCUUCCACCUCCUCCAGUUCCGGCUCCAUCUCCACCUCCAGCCUCUGCUCCUCCGACAACGAGGAUUCCUCCUACAGCUCCGAGGACGAGGACUCCACGCUGCUGCUCCAGACCUGCCUCUCCCACCCGGUGCCGGCGUUGUUGGCGCAGCCGGAUGCCCUGCGCUCCAAGAGCGGGGCUCCCCAGCGCUGCUUCCUCACCAAGGCCGCCGCCGCCGGCCCCAAGGCCAAGCUCAAGCGCAAGGAGGCCCUCAGCUUCUCCAAAGCCAAAGAGUUCUCCCGGAGGCAGCGCCUGCCCUCGGUGGAAAACCGGCCAAAGAUCUCCGCCUUCCUGCCCGCGCGCCAGCUCUGGAGGUGGUCGGGGAACCCCACGCAGGGACCCCUGCCCCAUCCUGACAGCCCUCCCCGUGCCGCAGGCUCUUCCAGCGACGAGGAGGAGGAUGACCCCGAGGCGGUGAUGGUGGAGUUUGAUGACGGGGACACGGGGCACAUCGCCGUCUCCAACAUCCGCCUCCUGCCCCCCGACUUCAAGAUCCAGUGCACCGAGCCGUCCCCCGCGCUGCUGGUCUCCAGCUCCUGCCGGCGAACAAAGCGGUCCUGCAGCGACGUGCCCCCUCCCAGCGAGCUGCCCCCCAGCCUCUGCCCCGACCGCCACGACGGCCCCGAGCCCCCCAAGAACUCGGGCAAGAAAGCGGCCAGCAAGGAGAAAAGUGGCAAAGCUGGGGAGGUGCUGUCGGGCGGCAAAGCGCCGGUGCUGAGUGACCCCUUCCUGGGCCGGCGCGGGGGUCCCCUGCUGAGCUGGUCGGCGGUGGCCCAGACGAAGCGGAAGGCGGCCAGCAAGGGCACGGCCGUCCUGCAGAACCUCUUCCAGGUCAACGGCAGCGCCAAGAAGCUGCGGGCCGCCAAAGAGGCCAUCUUCCCCGUCCACCACCACCACCACCACCACCACCUCGCCGCCCCCGUCUUCGGCAACGGUUUCGGGGCCGACUCCUUCAGCCGCAUCGCCAGCUCUUACGCCUCCUUCGGGGCCGGGGCCGGGUUGGUGCUACCGGCUGCCCAGAAACUCCUGCGCUCCAAAAAAGCGGAGCGGCUGGAGGCAGAGCUGGGCAAAAGCGGGCGGCGGAAGGCGGGCAGCGAGUACCUGGUCAAGCUGGACCACGAAGGGGUGACGUCCCCCAAGAACAAGAACUGCAAAGCCCUGCUGCUGGCGGAGAAGGACUUUGGGGCCAAGCUGGAGCGGCCGCUGGCCAGCCACGGCUAUGCCCACGCGGCGCUGGCUGGCAAGGAUAGGAAGGGACGGGCGCCCGUGCACCAGCUGCCCGUGGGGCUGGCGCUGCGGAAAUACUCGGGCCAGGCCGAGUUCACCCUGAACUGCGACAGCGACUGCCACAGCUCCUACUCGGACAUGGAUGAGGACGAGGAGACGAGCGGGCUGGGGGCCGACGUGCCCUCCCGCUUUAUGACCCGUCUCUCGGUUUCCUCCUCUUCCUCCGGCUCUUCCACCUCCUCCAGUUCCGGCUCCAUCUCCACCUCCAGCCUCUGCUCCUCCGACAACGAGGAUUCCUCCUACAGCUCCGAGGACGAGGACUCCACGCUGCUGCUCCAGACCUGCCUCUCCCACCCGGUGCCGGCGUUGUUGGCGCAGCCGGAUGCCCUGCGCUCCAAGAGCGGGGCUCCCCAGCGCUGCUUCCUCACCAAGGCCGCCGCCGCCGGCCCCAAGGCCAAGCUCAAGCGCAAGGAGGCCCUCAGCUUCUCCAAAGCCAAAGAGUUCUCCCGGAGGCAGCGCCUGCCCUCGGUGGAAAACCGGCCAAAGAUCUCCGCCUUCCUGCCCGCGCGCCAGCUCUGGAGGUGGUCGGGGAACCCCACGCAGCGGCGGGGCAUGAAGGGCAAGGCGCGGAAGCUGUUCUACAAGGCCAUCGUGCGGGGCAAGGAGACGCUGCGCAUCGGGGACUGCGCCGUCUUCCUCUCGGCCGGGCGCCCCAACCUGCCCUACAUCGGCCGCAUCGAGAGCAUGUGGGAGUCCUGGGGCAGCAACAUGGUGGUCAAGGUCAAGUGGUUCUACCACCCCGAGGAGACCAAGCUGGGCAAGAGGCAGAGCGACGGCAAGAACGCCCUGUACCAGUCGUGCCACGAGGACGAGAACGACGUGCAGACCAUCUCCCACAAGUGCCAGGUGGUGGGCCGGGAGCACUACGAGCAGAUGACCCGCAGUAAGAAGUACCAGGACAGGCAGGACCUCUACUACCUGGCGGGCACCUACGACCCCACCACGGGCCGGUUGGUGACCAAAUGA